AUGUCUUCGUACUCUACUGCAACUACAAUCCCGGCGGAGACUGAUGGAAGUACCAUCACAUCGUUUCUCCCUCUCGCCACAGUAUAUACGUUCCCGGGCUCAUGUUCAACUAAAUACCGUCUGGAUAGACCAAGUCUCAUGGCGUUCGACCCGGCCUACGGAAUAGACGUGCAAACGGGUGUGGACUGUGGUCCUGCAGCUGUAACCACAUGGUGGAACAGCCCCGAUGUCACUAAUGGCGGCUAUAAAACAGUGGUGAGCAUUGGGCCGGUCAAGUGUCCUUCAGACUGGUCGACAGUCGCGUCUUCCACCAAGGACUCCACCAGCACCGCUUUGAUGUGCUGUCCCUUCGACUACUACUUAGAUGGUGCUAUUGCGGGACAACUUGAAGGGAAUUGCCUGUCCAAUGUUAGCUCAGGGAUGACCCUGACAUAUGGAUCCACCUCAGAUGACUCGGACUCCUUCACAAUAGCCACAACGACGAUGUCCUCGAGUUCUACCGUGGGCGCAAUAGCCAUCGUCGGGUGGAAUGUCCAAUACGUAGUCUCAGCCACAGCCAGUGUAACGUCCAGCUCCAUUGCCACUUCUGCUUCCACUUCUACGUCUACUUCUAUUUCCACCUCCACUGCCACUGCUGCUACUACUGCCACUUCCGCUGCCACUUCCACCUCCACUGCCUCGACUACCUCGACUGGUUCCUCUACAACACAUUCAACUUCGACAAACACAUCGGCAAUAUCUGACUCGACCACAAGCGGGGGCCUGAGUGUAGGAGCGAAGUGGGGAAUCGGCAUGGGUGUUGGUGUGGGAGGCAUUGGCGUAGUAGCCUUGAUAGCCGCUCUGUGGAUUUUUUCUCGACGAUGGAAGGCACCGCAGGGCCGACGCGUAUCCGAGUUGCCGGGGCCUACCAGACAGCAAUACGUUCCCGGCGCAUGGCAGGGAAACUUAGCGGUGCCGGGUGAAAUGGAUGGAGCCAGCUAUGUCUACGGCCGAAAAUCCCAACCCCCAAUCGAGUUGAGUUGA